AGGGGGCGCAAUCAAUUGACUUGGAAAGAAAUCGAGGAGGAGAAGUGUUAGCCCAAAUAGGUGAAUUAGAAAAUCAGAAUGAAAUUCAUGAAUUUAAAGAAGCCUUAGAACUAUACGUCAAGCCGCGGGGGACAUGGAAUGUGCCAACUAUCAAUAAAAAGGAAGAAGGCGAUGUGGAAGAAGUAGUUAAUCGGUUUUUGACCUCAAAAGACAGGCUAACUUCACAUGAUAAGGAGAUUUUAGAGAAAGCAGCCAAUGAAUUUUUGAUUAAACAGAAAACCACAUUGCUGAUUGAAACGGUUAAUAGUUUUUUUGAGCCGGAGAAUCAAUUAACUAUAGAAGAUAUAAAUAUCUUGAAAGUAGCAGCUAAUCAAUAUUUAGCUUUAAAAGAUAAGAAAGCUUUGAAGCUUUUGGAGAUGGCAGUAAAUGAAUUCUUGGAGUCACCAAAAGAAGGAGUAUUAAAAGAUGCAAUAUUUGAAAAUCCACUUGUCUUGGAGAAUGAACUAUCCUUAGAGAAUAAACUAGAUUUAGGUCAUCUAGCUACAGAGGAUGCUAAAGAAAUUUUGGAAACGGCAGUAAAUAAACUCCUAACCUCAAAACGUAAAAAGGUACUGUUGAUAUUAGGUAGCGGAGGCACAGGCAAAUCGACGUUUAAUCCGCCAUUAGAAGAGUUUAUAAAUAAAAAUCAGGAUUUUAUUGAAGCCUAUUUGCGGGAAAAAGGCAAACUGACCGCAGACCAAAUUAAAGAAUUACGUAAUAGGAAGUUUGUAUUUAUUUUAGAUGGUUAUGAUGAGAUUGCUGAACGUGAACGUCAUUGCUAUGAUAGCAAUAUGUUCUCCAAAUGGAAAUAUGCAAAAAUUAUCAUUAGCUGCCGACCAGAAUACUUAGAUGAUAGCAGUGGAAAAAUGUUCUGGCCUAAAGAAAACGGAGAAAGAGGGUUCCAGAAACUGACACUUACACCAUUUUCAUGGGCUGAAAUAGAACAAUAUAUCAUGAAAUAUGUUGAUUAUUCCAAGAAGAACGGUAGUCCAUUACCAUGGAACGCAUAUAUAAAGCAAAUAAAGAAUAUACCACAAAUAGAGGAUCUUGUAUGCAAUCCUAUUCUAUUAAAAAUUGCUUUGACGAUUUUACCGGGGCUUCUCGGAAAAAGCGAAACAUCUCAGAUAAAUCGUAUAGUUUUGUAUGAUGAAUUCAUUAAGAAAUGGUUUGAGCGUGCCCAAAAUCGUUUACGAAACAUUCAAUUAAAACCUAAAGAACGAGAAGCGUUUGAUCUCUUGAAUGUAGAUUUUACUAAACAUUGUUUACAAUUUGGUAAAGAAUUCGCUUUCAAGAUGUUUGUGGACAAUAACAAAGUAGUUGUAAACUAUGAUCCAAUAAAUGAGGAGAUUACAUCCGUCUGGGCAAUGUUUUUAGGGAAUACAGUUGAAAAAAGUCGCCUGAUUCGUUUUAGCAUGCCAUUAAUUCGACGCGGAAAUCAAUAUUGGUUUUUCCAUAAAUCAUUACGAGAUUACUUAAUCUCUUGCGCAUUGUUAGAUUCAUUUAAUGAUACAUCACAGACAAGCCUCUUCAACAAGCAUUCAAUUAUAACAGAACCCGCAAUUCAACAAUUUUUGGCCGAACGAGUCCAACAAAUGCCAGAGCACAUACAAUCGUUGUUUAAUUUUAUUGAGUGCUCUAAAAAGAGUGCAAACAUUGAAAUUGCUUCGGCUAAUGCCAUUACAGUUAUCUAUUUUCCUAAUUUAACAGGGGCAAAAAAUCUGGUCAAGGAAAUUAAUCAAAUACCGAAGGAUUCUGAUAUUAAGAAAGAAUUUUAUUUACGUUUUAAGCAUCAAAUAUUAAUUGUAGAAAGUUGCGUUGAUGCACUUAUAAAAAAUACGAAUUGUGAGGAUUAUUUGGGCGUGAAAAAGUCAUUUCUCAAAAAAUUUGAAAAUUUUUUGACAGAUAUUAGAAAUUUUCUUAAGAAUGCAUAUUCAUAUUCCAAUGGAACCCCUAAUAGUAGUUCUUUACAGUGGAUGGAAGAAUUAACUUCUUCAGAUUCUUUGUUGCCAAAAUUUGAUGAUGAUUUUGAAAUAACUGACUUUAAUGAUUCAAGUAACUUUUUAAUUAUUCAUUAUUUUCAUAGAAGAUAA